AUGGCUUCCAGAAAGAUAACCAUGAGAGACAUCACGACUGGAUCUCGCCAACUUCUCCAUGACCUCCGGGACCUUCAGCAGACCGGUCUCACCAUACCCGAUAUCAUCUACAACUAUCGUCUCGUCAACGGCCGCCUAGAGCGUAAACAUUACCGCGAAGGUAGCCAGUCGGGAGAUGAAGAGCCUGAACCAGUUGAUGUGCAAGUCAACAACUUCUUGAAUGCGAAGCCCCAGGAGCACACGCGUGCAGAAACGAUAACAAAUCCUGGCCUCCAUUCAGGCGAUACGUCCUAUCGAGGUCCUCUACCACCUCAAUACGCUACUUCGACUACCAACGACGAAAAGACUCCUAGUCAGCUCCCGAAUUUCCGGUCGAGUAUGAACUCAAACCCAGACCUGCAGCAGUCUCAAGAUUCAGGAGUCGCUUCAAGUUCAGCUCCACCACCAUAUUCGGAUCCGCUAUCAAACCCAAGACCAGAAUUACCUCCACGGCCAAAGUUGAACCUGGAUUCUACCUCUGAACAAAUUCAUCCACCGAUUCCUAGUCCAACCACAGCUUCAAGUUCAAGUGCGCAUCCGUUCCCAGAUAUUCCACAAAUUCCUAGUCCAACAGCUGUUGCACUUCCAAGUGCGCAUCCGCUACCAAAUAUUCCACCAGUGUCACCCAUAUCUACUACAACAACCCCGGCAAAGAGAAUUUCACGAAAACCCUUGCCAAAAAGAGAAGAAGAGCUGAAACAGGAGCAACAGCCAGCUGAAGAUGCUGGAGCGCUGCAAAAAGAUAAGCACGUUAAGUUCGGUAGUAUAAGGGUGAUUGGUGAUGGGGAUAAGGGCCGACGGCUGAUCGGAGAGGAAGGGAAUGCAGAGCAGUCAUGA